UAAAAUAAAAAAUAAAAAAAAUGUCGAUCAGAUCUAAUUCGAAGCGCAGACCCACACGAUACUCGGUACAGUGCACACUUAACUCUCUCUCUCGAUUGUACGGCCUCCUAUUUUUCGAUUAUUAUUUAGAGAUUUAGUGCGAAUUUUGGAAAUUCCGGGAAUUACGUCAAUUUAUGGGCUGGAGGGAUAAAUCGGCCCAGAAGGCUUCGAUGACUAUGGAAAAUCAAGUGCAAUUGCAAUCAUCGUUUCCCGCUACCAAAUCAACGAGUGAGGCUACUUGAAUCCUGGUUUGCGGUCGAGAUGGCAUUUUCGUAAUAAUAAAAACAAUGGCGAAAAGAGAAGGAUCGGGUUCUGGGAAUUUGAGGUUUGCUCGUCCAACGGUUGCCGAGAAGCUCUGGGAUGGGUCCCUUCAGCUUAAUUCUUCUGUAACUGUGUCGGUCGUUGCCUUCUUCAAAAGCGGUGAGAAGAUGCCUGAUAUCAAGUGGUCUGAACUUGUACAAGUCAAAGGAAAAGUUAGACUAGAGGCUUUUGAGAAAUAUAUUCAAGAGCUUGCUCGCUCACGCAAUAGAGGGUUGAUGGUUGUAUCACUUUGCUGGAAAGAAGGAUCUUCUAAAUCCGGACUGGCAGGCUUGAAAGAGAUUGCAAAAGGGUACGAGAAAGGGGAAAGAGUUGGGUUUGCUCAACUCUCGCCAGGUAUUGAUCUUUACAUAUGUCCUCGCAGUGAUGCCAUAAUCACCAUACUUGCAAAACAUGGAUUCUUCAAGGGCAUGGCUGCAGUUGAAGACAAGCAGAACUCAUUGGUGGGUUGUGUUGUUUGGCGAAGAAAUCAUGGACCAUCAAAUUCUGUUACAAGGAAGCUUGAAAGAAAGCAUUCUUCCUUGACAGAGCAACCUCUGAACUCCCGCUCUGAACAAAAACUUUUGGAAAAUGACUUGCCUUGCACACAACCAGCUCAAGAAUCCCACCUAGCCACAUGCACAAGCAUUGGGAGUGCUAUAAUCAAUAGAAAUGAAGGUGACAAUGUGGUCAGUAAUGAUAUCCAACUUGAACUGCACAACUCUCCUGCCAGUGCUAAUCUCUUGCUUACAACUUCUGCAUUGAGCAACUUCUCAAGUACUUCGGAAGGACUUCAAACAUCCUCAUGUUCUAACUCUGUCUCUGUCUUCGGACCCAAGGAGCAGUCUUCUGAAAGGGGAAUGUCUCUGACAGCUAACGCAGGAACAGAGAAACCUAAAUCUGGUUUGGGACUUCAAAAUCCUGUCUUGUCUCUGCCAUCAGUCAUUACAAAAGUGCACACACCUGCUAUUGACGAUGAUGAUCUUCCAGAAUUUGAUUUUGGGGCUGCCUGUGGUAUAUCUGAAAGUCUAAGAAAUAAGGUUUUGGAUACUGCAGUGUUCGACAAGAAUGUUUUCGUUGAAGGAUUAAAGAAAAUUGUUGGGUCAUUGCCAUUGACUUUACCAACUAUACAGUCACUACCUGCUCCACAUAAAAGACGAGCAGAAAAUUUCCUUCUUCCUGAGUUUCCAUACGAUGCUAUUCUGAACUUGCCUCCAGGAAAGAAAGUUUGUGAACAUGAUCAGAUAUCAAUGUUACCAGCUUUAGAAAUGAAACAGACCACCAAAAGUGGCACAACCUUUACGCCUGUUAUCACUACCAUAGUUGCACCUCAAAAGAAUAUUUUUGAUGAUGAUGAUGAUGAUAUGCCUGAAUGGUGUCCACCAAAUGUAGAGCUUUUGAAGCAUACAUUUCUUGAACCAGAAAAGGUAGUAGCAUCUGUCUAUCCUACUUUAUCAAACUCAAAGUCAAGUUCAUCUCCAGGUCAUCCAGGCCCCUCAUUCUGUUCUUUAGCUACCCAGUUGCCUUUUUCUACCCGAAGAUCCAAUUAUAGAAAUCAUUGGCCAAUAACUGCCUCUGUGAAACCAGCACAACGAAGACAAACUGAUGGAUACAUACAAAGGGCUCCGAGUUCUUUGAUGGAUUCCAAUUCCAGCGAUCUUUUGAGGCCACCCCUCCACACUCCUGGAUGGAGGGGCAGGGGGCGAUGAAACACGGUGACUGAGAUAUAUGCGAGGUGGUUAAAGCAUUGUAUAAAGCCUGUUCCAAAGGGGGAUGACUUCAGAGAGGCUAUAGGAGAAAUAUGGAUUUGUAAAUAAGCAGUUAGCUGAUGGGCAGGUUCAUAAGUGGACAUUACAGUUUUUCAGCUUCUGUUUGGUUUUCUGCAUUUUAGAUAUAACUGUAAAGUGUUGUUCUUUUCCGUCCUUGUCAUAAAGGUUGUUCCUACUGCUGGUUUAAUUGUCACUGCUGGUUUUCCAAACUCAACUUACGGUAGCCUUGGCCAAAAUCAAAUUUUUAUGGUAGCACGGACAACAUACCAAAAUUUCCCAUCCAAUUUCACCGGUUCUGGUAUUAUGAUAUUAUAGAUAUAGAAAACUUAUUUCGCCA